AUGCUGUGGGCGUCGUUACGAUGCCAGUCUACUCGGCCACCAGCCAGCCUUUUCUUUAGAAACUCGAUCGUCUCGCCAAGGUCAUUUUCUCAAACAACCCAACCUCGAAAUUUCUUCAGACCAAGCCGAAUAUUGCGGCAAGAAAGCGCCCCAGGAUCUGUACCUUCUUUUCGGUCGAAAAUAGGCCAUGCAGGCUAUGGGGAGGCGUUCUCGGAAACGGUUGGGAAACCAGGCAUAAGAAACCAGAUCUUGUUCGUAGCGGGUGGUUCCUUUUUGGCAUUUAUGUAUGCUGCAUCCCGGACCAAUAUCGAGACCGAUUAUUGGACGAAAAGGAUGACAUCCGUAUCGAGUGUUUGGACAUUCCAGAGCCUCACAAGUACCGAUCUGAAACGAGCCCAAAAUGUAGAGGUCAUUAAAGACCUCAGGGAAUGGUUCGCUGGACUUAAUCUGAGGCUUCAGGAGAUGCCGGGAUUAAUUCGUCCCUGGGUUGGACUGGCUUUUGUGUCAGUCUUGCAGCCCUACGCAGAUGCCUCUGAGGGAAAGCGACUGUGCUGGAAAAUUUGUCUGCUUAAUGCAGCUGUGUGGGUGGCAUGGAAGGUUCGGCGGUGGCAAGGCCCCAUGUCCAUUCGUUUCAUGCAUAAUCCUCUUUCUGGACUAUCCUUCACUCUCCUGACAAGCAUGUUCAGUCACCGAUCUUUCUUCCACCUCUUGUUUAAUUGCCUAGCAUUAGAGAGCUUUGGUAAAUCUCAUUUUCAUUCGAAAGUAGGCUUUCUCAAAAAAAUUAUCCCAGGAUCUGCAGCGUACUUUUAUCUUCUCAGGGAGCAAGGGAAAGCUGAGCCACAAAUGCUGGAGUCCACAGCUGCCUACCAUUUUCUUGCGUUCUUCGUAUCAGCUGGAUUAUUCUCGGGUCUAGUAUCUCACGUAGUCAACGCCAAGUUCCGUUAUCCACGAUUGGUUGCUCAGCUUGCCACCUCCAGCCAAGCGGUACCGAAGGCUGAUACUUGGGCUAGUGCAGUCGCCGCUGCCUCUGCUACCGCAUCUACUGUGGCGAAGAAAAAGGUUCCCGAAAUCCUCCCAAGCCUCGGUGCCUCUGGGGCAAUUUACGCCGCGGUGACGACGACUGCACUUGCGUUCCCAGAUUCUCAAAUUGCUUUGUUCAUCCCUCCCUCUUACCCAAUUAACAUACAGUGGGGUGUUGGAGGGUUGGUCGCGCUAGACAUGAUUGGCAUUCUUCGAGGAUGGAGGUAUUUGGAUCAUUGGGCACACUUGGGCGGCGCAGCAUUUGGGGUUGCGUAUUACGCAUAUGGUCCCACGAUCUGGAAUCAUAUUAGACGGACUUUGGAGAUUCAAUAUCCUUCUGACCAAAAGACAUAA